UGUGCUCAAAGGCCGGGUCCACACCCAGGACCGCCCUGCCCACUCCUGCUUCCGAGGCUGGCAGGGCGGUGUUUAGAUGGUGAGGUUGAUUCUAUUUGAACUGCGUAGCUGAAACUGGUCUAGUCCUCGGAAGUGACCGCUCCAGCUCUCCAGCUCUCCAGGAAAAGGACAAAAGUCGCCACAUCAGGAAAAUGGCUGAUGGAUUUUCUCUUAAUGAUGCCUUAUCUGGGUCUGGAAACCAAAACCCACAAGGUUGGCCACAAGGUCCUUGGGGAAAUCAAUCCCCUGGUACAGGGGCAUACCCAGGAUAUCCUGGGGCCUAUCCUGGUGCAGGGGUACCUGGGGCCUACCCUGGUGCAGGGGCACCUGGAGCCUACCCUAGUACAGGGGUACCUGGGGCCUACCCUGGUGCAGGAGCACCUGGGGCCUAUAUUGGACCAGCAGUGCCUGGGGCCUAUCCUGGACCAGUGGCACCUGGGGCCUAUCCAGCUCCAGGACAGCCUAGUGCUCAUGGAGCUUAUCCACCUUCAGGGCCCAUGAGUACCCCCAGUGGACCAACAUCUCCCGUUGGAAGCCCACUGGUAGUGCCUUAUGAGCUUCCCUUGCCAGGAGGAAUUAUGCCUCGCAUGCUGAUAACCAUUAUUGGCUCAACAAAAAACAAUGCAAACAGAAUUGCUUUAGAUUUCAAGAAAGAGAAUGAUGUGGCCUUCCACUUCAAUCCUCGUUUUAAUGAGGACAACAGACGAGUAAUUGUUUGUAAUUCAAAAUUUGACAAUAACUGGGGAAAGGAAGAAAGGCAUGCUGAGUUUCCCUUUGAAGCUGGUAAACCUUUUAAAAUUCAGGUUCUCGUUGAGACUGAUCAUUUCAAGGUUGCUGUCAAUGAUGCCCAUUUGUUGCAGUACAAUCAUCGAAUGAAAAACUUCAAUGAGAUCACCAAGCUGGGUAUUUCUGGUGAUAUCAAUCUUACUAGUACUUCACAUACUAUGAUAUAAAUUUAAAGGAGCAGAAGCAUUUUUAAGGGAAUUUUCCUGUAAAACACAUACUUAAAUACUUCCUGCUCAUUAUGGGUGAAAUCUUACAAGAUACUCAUAAUCUAUUCAUUCAUAAUCAUUGUGGGUGAAAUCUUAAAGGUACUCUUAAUUUCUUUGUCAUAGCCUCACAAGGUAUAAUAAAUUCUUUCAUUAAGUACAA